UCCUCUCAACAUAUUCUCCUCUGUAACAUGAUAUGAUGUUUGAUUUAAUAAAUAAAUGUAACAUUUCUUCUCAAUAUUGGGUUUUUUUAUGUACAGUAUGAAGUAUGAAUGUAGAAAUGACUUGUGUGUGUUGUGUGGAUAUAGGCUGACUCUGUUUUCCUGUUUUCUGUAUUCCUGACACCAGGGUAUUUGCAUUAGUAUAAAGCAGAUGAGAAAACAGAAAGAGCACAGUGUAGAAAAGAGACGUCAAAGAUAGAGGAUACGAAUUUUGAGAUGUCAGAAAUGUUGAGUCCGUUCCUGUCGACUCGUGAGAACGGGCUUCUCUUCAGUUUAAUAAGACAUGACUGCAGUGUUUUAGCAUGUGGUAUUGUCCAGCUGGUAAUGGCAGCCCCUCCACAGAAAAAGGAAUGGAAAAGUCUCAGUUCUGGAGUACUAUGUCUGGUGCAAGAUAAAUCUGUGCACUCAACAUUCAUGAGAUCCUACAGUCUUAAGAAAGCCAAGCUGCAAUGGGAACAGGAGCUGUAUACACCAUUUGAAUACUCAGAAACUUGUCCUUAUUUCCAUACCUUCCCUGGUGAUGAGUGUCAGAUAGGAAUAAACUUUGCGGAUGAAGAUGAGGCCAAGCAGUUCUACAUUGCUGUGCAGAAGCAGAUCAGUGAUAACAAAGCAUCUUUGGGACUUACACGCAGAUACAGUGUGGGCAGUGUUUCUGACUGGAAAGAAAAACUUGACAGUUGUCUUAGAGAAAAUGAAUUGCACAAGAGGCUUUCACUCAGAAGUUCACCCAGAGUUCCACAGCGUCUUGAUUCAGAAGCAGCACUUACAGAGAGCAAACCCACAGUUGCUAGCAAAAAGUCCAGCCAAUCACAUGACUCGCCACAGACUCUCUCUGGUGUUAAUGAAGAGUCUAUGUUGAUCGCCCAGAGGAAAGGGCCCCUCCCACCUAUUCCCAUUCAUGCCAGGAUAGCCAAGUUGAAUUGCAAUGCUAGUGAGCAAAACUUUGACUCCAAGAUUCCCGUUCCAUCAUGGGUGCCAUCCCCUCCAUUUUACCAGGCCCCUGCAGUCCCUCCAAGCUCCGUUAUUAAAGAUCCCUACUCUGCUGGAAUGAAGCACAGUUUUCAUUAUAAUGUUGGCAUCAAGGAGGAAUCUGGCUAUGAUGACUACCUUUAAAACCACCAUCUCCAUCAUUUAGAACUUUAUGACUCCGCAACAGUGGGAUGUGGACCACACAA